ACAGAUGUUCUCCUCUAAAGUCCUCUACUCUCUCUCUCGCUCUCUCUCUCUCUGAGUGAGUCGAAAUGGGAGCGUUAGCUGGUUUCUCAGCCCCUCUGAGCUUUUCAUUGGCUUCUCGCCGGAGUAGUAACUCAUCAUCUCUUCCUUUAUUGCCUCUCAGUCGCAGAAACUCAACGCCCAAGUCCACAGUCUCUGCCUUGCACAGUCCGUAUGGCGAUUCUUUAGCAACUGGGUUAUCUAGCAGAACUUGUGGGUCACCUCUAAAGCUUGACGGCAACGAUUUUGGUGAUACUAGUACAAGAUGGGAUUUUAAGUCUAUGAAUUUUUUUAGUUAUGGUGCAAUAGAAGCCAAAAAAGGGAAUCCACCCAUACUCCCAGCUGUGAUGACCCCAGGUGGACCAUUAGAUCUCUCGUCUGUAUUAUUCAGGAACCGUAUAAUCUUCAUUGGGCAGCCAGUCACUUCAGCGGUGGCUCAACGAGUCAUAUCCCAGCUUGUGACUUUGGCUACUAUUGAUGAGAAUUCAGAUAUACUGGUGUAUUUGAACUGCCCUGGUGGGAGUACAUACUCUGUUUUGGCAAUUUAUGACUGCAUGUCUUGGAUCAAACCUAAGGUAGGAACGGUAUGUUUUGGAGUAGCGGCAAGCCAAGGAGCACUUCUUCUUGCUGGGGGAGAAAAGGGAAUGCGCUAUGCAAUGCCAAAUGCACGGAUCAUGAUACACCAACCACAGAGUGGAUGUGGGGGCCACGUGGAAGAUGUGAGGCGGCAAGUGAAUGAAGCAGUUCAAACUCGCCAUAAAGUCGACAAAAUGUAUGUUGCAUUUACCGGACAAUCUCUAGAGAAAGUACAACAGUACACAGAGAGGGAUCGUUUCUUAUCUGUUUCAGAGGCUAUGGAAUUUGGGCUUAUCGACGGCGUGUUGGAAACCGAGUAUUGAUUCCAAAUUUGUACCAUAUGUUUUGAGUUAAAAUUUCAAUGCUUCUUGUUAAAUUGCUCAUGUGAGCUGCUGCUGCUGCAUUUGCAAAACGAUCAGUAAUCGGUUAUCCAAUUGAUUUGGUUCCAAUUCUUCUUCACUUCA